AAUUUCGGAGUAACUGCAAGACGAGAGUAACGUAGCAAUGUCGAGUUGCCGUGAACGUUUUGGCACACGUCUAGACGUCAGCGCUCUGCUCCUUCCGACUACUACCAAAGAAUGGAGGAAACUCUCCAAGAACUGUAUGUGUAUAAAGAUACCGCGCAGCUGCUAUUAUAUACACCUGACUGAGCGUGCUCCUGCACCCUCGAGGGUGUGAGCUCGCUGCCAAUCUAACUUACACCUCUUUUAGAUGUGUUUGAUAUUCUCUGGGAAGACGGUAACACCGCGCAGGUAAUAUCUUCCAAGUUGACCCCCGUGGAUGAUGAUUACGCGGUCAAACUACAACCAGGCAGCAUAGUCACUGCAAUCCACAGCGGGAGUAGAUACAGAGCGGUCAUCCAAAACAUGACAGAGACGUGUCCAGAUACUUCAAAAGAGGUAUAUGUCAAAAUCCCGCCAAUUCCUAUAGUGCUAUUUACCUGCCAUUGUGUUCCUGCAAUUAGCAAAGUUCAGACUUGGUCAAAGCGCCCACAGCAGCAGCUUCAAGCAAACGUGUACCAAAAGAGUGCAAGAGAGCCUUGGCCAAGACAUUGGAUUUUUUAUCCAUGAAAUCAAAGGAGAUUCAAAGUCUACACAAACAGAAAAAUUCGGUAGCCACGGAAGCUCUCAUUUCUCUGCAAAACCAAAGCCAGUCAUAUCAAUCAUUUUCUGAAAAUCAAGUACCUGAAAAUCAAAUUAUCCCUCCCACUGGCAGUUGCACCCAUGGAUAUAGCCACUAGAACCAGUAGCAAAGAUGCCGAGGUAACUAUCAUAGAACAUGAUUCUAUAACAUACCCAGAACAUAUAACAUACCCAGACUCAGACAAAGACAUUGAAGUUCUUCUCAAUCAAACACCAAUUGAUGACAAGGAAAUACUGCCUCAACAAAGUCACGAAACACUUUUCCAGCAAACACUUUUCCAGCAAAAUGAGGACAUCCUCAGGAGACUAUCAAUCAUAGAAAAGAAACUGGAUGAUGUACUAAAGAUGAAAAAGAGGCCUCGACCUGAUCACAUUCUCACACCUAUACAUCAAACUGCACCCAAGAAGAUUAGAAUAGAAACGCCAGAACACACUCCACAACAAAGCAAUCCAAAGAACCAAAACAUUACAACACAAAGCAGCCACGAUCACAAUCCGAACACAGCCAGUGAAUUUAUUGAUUUCAAGGGACAAAAACUCAACUCUAAGAAAGUAGCCGAAGCAAAACUAAAAAGGGGCCAUGUCAAAUGGCCAAAUCCCUAAUACUGCGUUUCUUUACCCACGAGGAACUUAUGACUUGUGGAGUGGGAAGAGCGAAAAGUGGAGUAUUAGGAGAAAGUAGACCACAGCCUGAUCAACAUCAGCUUCAUCUCCUCAUUGACUUUGUAACAGAGACCUACAAGUCAAAGCCAUAGUCGUACUCGGAGAUGAUGACAGCAAUCAAUAAAGGCUUUUGCGACUACAGGUCGCAUCCCCCAAAGGGAGUCUCAGCCAAAAAGGAGAACUCACUAGACGUAAAAGUAGAACUCAUCACGUAGAAAUAGAAAUGUUAUGCUGUUCUAGUAGAAACACGUCAGAAGAGGUCGAAAUCUAGCA